GAAGAACAUGAAGGCGGCGGGCAACGGGCAGCCGCGGCGGCAGCAGCAGCAGCAGCAGCUGAGGUGAAGCGAAGCGAGGCGGCGAAGGCAGAGGACGAAGAGGGCAACGAGCGCGGCCGGUCAUCACCUUUCCGUCGUUAUUAUCAUUCGGCUCCCCGCAGAGGGAAUGGCUCACGGCGGGGCCGCGGGAAGCGACGAGCCCUUGCCGGGCACCUCCGGUCGCAGAGACGGCGGCGGCGACGACGAAGGCCGGUCUCUGGCGGCGGCGCUGGCGAUGCGGGACGCGCUGUCUCUGGAGGAGAUCCUGCGGCUCUACAACCAGCCCAUCAACGAGGAGCAGGCGUGGGCCGUCUGCUACCAGUGCUGCGGCUCCCUCCGCUCCCGAGGCCGCCGCGGGGAGUCUCUCAGCCGCAGGGUGGAGAGCCCCGCCGACAUCCGCAUCUGGAAGGACGGAGCCGUCACGCUGGGCGACCGUGCUCGGAGCCCGCCGGCAGCAGGUAAAUCAGAACAUUUACACUGUCCAGAAACAGAGGUAAUAGAAUCAUUGGGAAUUAUUAUUUAUAAAGCACUGGACUAUGGCUUGAAAGAGAAUGAAGAGCGAGAGCUAAGCCCCCCCUUGGAACAGCUUAUUGAUCAUAUGACCAACACAGUAGAAGCAGAUGGGAGCAAAGAUGAAGGUUAUGAGGCUCUGGAUGAAGGAGUAGAAGAAGAAAAUGACAAGGGAGACGUUGAAGUUAUACAUUCUUAUCGAGAUGUCAUGAAGCUCUGUGCUGCUCAUCUACCAACUCGAUCAGAUGCACCAAAUCACUAUCAAGCAGUGUGCCGGGCACUAUUUGCAGAAACAAUGGAGCUGUAUACAUUCUUGGCCAGAAUUAAAAGUGCAAGAGAGAAUUUGAAGAAGAUGCAGGAAAUGGACAGAGAAGGAACUGAUGACUCCAGCGCUGAUCUUGAUGAUUUAAAAACUGCUGAUUGGGCUCAGUUUUGGGUGCAGGUCAUGCGAGACUUGCGAGAUGGUGUGAAACUGAAGAAAGUUAAAGAACGUCAGUUCAAUCCUCUUCCCAUAGAGUAUCAGCUCACUCCGUAUGAGAUGCUGAUGGAUGAUAUUCGAUCCAAACGCUAUACUUUAAGGAAAGUUAUGGUCAAUGGGGAUAUUCCUCCACGAUUAAAAAAGAGUGCUCAUGAUAUUAUCUUGGACUUUAUCCGAUCUCGACCUCCGUUAAAUCCAGCCUCUGCAAGAAAACUAAAACCAACCCCACCAAGACCACGUAGCCUCCAUGAAAGAAUACUGGAAGAAAUCAAGUCUGAAAGAAAACUGAGACCCGUCUCUCCUGAUGAGAUCAGGCGCAGCAGGCUAGCAAUCCGGCCUCUUAGCAUGUCUUACAGUUUUGACUUGUCAGAUGUAUCAACACCAGAGGCCUCCAAAAAUCUUUCAGAAAGCUGUCAGAAUGGCAGCUUUUCAUCAGAAGCAAAGGUGAAUGGCAUUGGUGCUACUAAGUUGACAGUACAACGGAAAAGACUUUUGAAAGCUCCCACUUUGGCUGAACUGGAUAGCUCAGAUUCAGAGGAGGAGUAUGUACAGAAAUCACCCAGCAGCAGUAGUAUUUCUCCCUCCCAAAUGGAAGAUACAUUUCCAGAGACCAUAUCUGGGAAAAAGGUGCCUCCAAAAUUCUUGCCAAUAUCAUCCACACCACAGCCAGAGAGGAGACAGCCACCUCAGAGGCGACAUUCCAUUGAAAAGGAAACACCAACCAAUGUUCGACAGUUCCUGCCACCUACAAAGCAGAGCUCCAGAUCACUUGAGCGCCCCCUAUUUCUGUUCUUGUUUGGCCUUAUGAGAAUGAGAAGGCUUCUUGUUCCCAGGAUAACAAGUUUAUUUCCAAGGAUGACGCUCAAAACACUUUUCCCAGCCAUACAUACAGCCUCUCAGCUUAGCUCCCAUCCCUUUGAAGCAGCCUUAUUUGGGGUGGCAAGGACUAUAUAUUAUCUUUGUGAGAGAGCUUUUAACAACAAGUGGACACUCUCAAAGGAGGAGUUUUGUUACCCAGUGGAAUGCCUGGCUCUUACAGUGGAAGAAGUAAUGCACAUCCGUCAAGUGCUAGUGAAGGCCGAGCUAGAGAAGUACCAGCAGUAUAAAGAUGUCUAUACUGCCCUCAAGAAAGGAAAGCUCUGUUUUUGUUGCCGAACAAGGAGGUUUUCUUUCUUCACCUGGUCCUAUACCUGUCAGUUUUGUAAAAGGCCUGUAUGCUCACAGUGUUGCAAGAAGAUGCGCCUGCCAUCAAAGCCAUAUUCUACACUUCCCAUCUUUUCUCUGGGACCUUCGGCUUUACAGAAAGGAGAAAGUUUUAUGAGGCCAGAUAAACCUUCCACUAGCCAUCACCGGUCCCUUAGGGGCAUGCCAAGGUUAUCCUCAAAGUCCAAGUCUGUAGAUAAAUCAGAUGAAGAAGCACUAUUUCCAAAAGAGCUAAUGGAGGACUGGAGCACCAUGGAAGUGUGUGUGGACUGCAAAAAGUUCAUUUCGGAAAUCAUCAAUUCAAGCCGCCGCAGCCUCUCCCUGGCUAACAAGCGAGCCAGAUUAAAAAGGAAAACCCAGUCGUUCUACAUGUCCUCCCCAGGCACCUCGGAGUAUUGCCCGUCUGAGAGGACUAUCAAUGAGAUCUGAGCUGUGUGCCUUUCUCUUUGCUUUGUAUUCAUGAAGUCUUGAGAGAACUCGGUGAAACCAGAAUGUCUUUUUUCCUUUGUUCCACCCGACAGCUUACAUUUGCAUUAGAUCACUGGUUUUGCCACUCCAUAAUUUAUACACAGAGAGAAAGAAAUUGGGCUAUGCAGCAGGUCAGUAGAUAAAACUGUUUGCACAGGAAGAAAAUGUCCGUUUGAAAUUGUUGCCUUUUUGUAUGUGGCACAGUGUACAAAGAGCGCCUUUACUUGCAUUAUUUUUUCUAGUGUUCAUUCCUUCGAUAAUUUUCAAGAAAAGAGUCAAAAUAUAGUUACAGAACUACACAAUGGUGUUAGCACAGUUGUAAUUAUUGAACUAUGCUGGCAUUUACUACCAACUAACAUAUGCAUUUCAGUCUUUGUGGCACACAAGCCCAUGCUUCUACAGAAAAUUGACGGGGGCCAUGGCUCUUAAUGCCUUAUGGUAUAGCACAAAGCUUUAAAGGAUGUGCUCACCAUGGUCGAUCAAUCCAAACUAGAUAGUUUAUGCUGUCUGGGUUCUAGAAUAAAAUAUUGAAUAAGCUAAGAAGCCUGGAUUGGGUAACUAUUUCCUGCAGCUGCUACUUGUUCCAGUAUAAUGAUAAGUGUGUUAUGUCUAAAGUAAUAGCAGUUUCUUCCCUAUCUUGAAUGUAUUCUGAAUGUUAGUUGCAGUAGUUGUUAGUUGUAGCUUUUAGACAUAAGCAAAAUACUCUCUAUGGAGGGGAUGCAAGAUAAGUGCAACUUUUUAAUAUUAAUGAGUUUUUUGUAAAAUUAAGAACAUUCUCUGGGUGACAAUCCUGAGAAAAUAGAUCAUAUGUAUAUUUGUAUUAUAGUAGAACACCUAAGUACUGCUAUAAUUAAGGGUCUGGAAGCAUAUCCAUUAUAAGCCCCAUUUUUACAGGGGUUUGUAUCUUGGCUGUAAAGAAAUUUUAUACCCUGCAAAAAUUUGAGGCAGGAGUGUCUCAGAUUGAGAGGUAGGUUUUUUUUAAGGUUUGGAGAAACACUGUCUAGCUGUUUUGAAGUUCCAGGAAUAUUACCAAACAUUACAUUUUUGCACUCUUUUAUAUUCUGAUUUUUAAAUGUAAACAAACUGGGGCUUAGAGUAGAGUGUGCAGCUAGGUUGUUUUUAUAUUUAUAACAGCACAGUUAUAAAUAUUUGCAAAUCAUCCAGUGGACAGGAACAAUAAUCCUUUCACGUUUUUAAUGGCUAGGUCCAUAUUUAAUAUCAGCAUUCAGUAUAUGAUAGGAAGGAUUCAAAUAUUUGAAUUUUCAUUUUCACAUUUUAGGUUGAUGAGAGACAUCUCGGUUCACUUCCAAAAUAAGCAGAAUCUGCUUUAAUGCAACCUCCAGACAUUUUUUUAAUGAAAAUACGCUGAGAAAUGAAUCUUAUCUUCCAAGAAAACCAAAACAUUAGAGGCCAAGAAAUAGAGCCACGAUGUAAAGACUAAAAGCCUGAUAUUGCUGCUCUAAUAUCUGAAAUUUAACUAACUGCACAAGCACAAAUGUUUGGGGUCUUAGGAUGCAAUGGGGUCUCUGGUCCAAUUAUUCUUAAGCAACUCAUCCAAGACAGUGGGACUACUCUAUUUUCAUUGGAUAAACCACACUACACUACACUACACUACAGACAAAACUGGCACUGUUGGCACAAUUGAGGAAUUCUCACUGGCAAAAUAAAACACUCCUACAGGGAAAGCCACAAGAGUUCCACCAAUGGACAUAACCCAUGGUCAAUAACAGCAGAAGUUAAAUUUCACUUUGUUAAUUGACAUGAUAAAAUUGCAUUGUGAUGACAUCAGACCGAGAAGUAUUGUUAGACUAUAGUCUUUUUUCCAUUAAUCAACUUGGAAAAAAUGGACUGAAAGCACCUAUUCCUUUUAUAUUUUGCUACAUUUUAUUAAUAAAUGCCACAAAUUGUGUGGAAGCAAAGGGGUCACCUCACAGCUCACAAAGGCAUCAGCAAUAGCUCCCAGUAAGGUGAGGCAUCAGCUAGGAGAUUCUCACCCUGCCAGGUUUUCUCUGUCAUCUCUUCUCCUUCCAUGUAGCUAACCUGCUCUAUUUCCUCAAACUGGGUCUUUAUCAAGAACCGGUUGUCUAGCUACUUUUCUAGAGAAAUAAGUUGUAUUCUGAUAUGUGCCUGGACACACAAAUGCAUCUAUGGAUGGAAGGCCUGCUGCCAACAACCCCAUCUAUAUCAGCCCACACACUCAGUCUCCAUCCUUCCCCAGGUUGAGGAGGGUACCCAAUCAUGCAUGAUGUUCUACUCACAUUUAAGGGAAUGCAAGUACUAUGCCCUUAUAGACCUAUCCUGCUCAACGUGGGGAAGUUUUGGAACAAAUGUGUGGGGCAGGGCUUGCAUGUGCUAUCUCCUGCCUACAGAUACAGAGUUCACGUGUUCAGACAAAUGCCUGAAUUCUCUUUGUAAAAUGUGUCUGGGACUUAUGUCGUCGCCUCGUUCUAUUAAAUAUUAUUUAGAUUUUCUAGGCUCUUUAUUAGUAUUGCACACACGAACUUUGGUGCUCCUAUGGGUCCAGUCAAAUUACAGGGAGUGAAGUGGGGAUCUUUCUGGUAGAGGACCCCUCAAAUUCUAAGGUGAGGGGUUUGAGGUUGAAGUGCUGACAGCGUGAGUCACCUUGAAUGCCAGCGAUAUAAGCGGAGGCUGCUUACUUGCCUCAAUAGUUUUAUCCCUGCACACAGACAACACAACUCCUUCUUUCUUUCCCUUUGACAAUGCACUUACAGCCACAUGCAGCAUUGAAUCUUAAUAGAAACUGCCACUAGCAAGCUCGAUAUUUUUCAGUCACCACUUUCCAAGUGCCCUUCGCCUUUCUCAUUUCCUCUUUGACUCUUUCUGUCAGGAUGAAGGAAAUAUGCCGGCCUUUAAUUUGGGGGAAGAAGUUCCACAAAGUUGUUGUUUGAAGCCUGAGGGGGAACUUGGUUCCUUGAGCAUUGUGUUGUGUGACAUAACAUUCUUGUCACCUUGCCAUUAAUAUUCCAACUGUGGUCCAAGUAAUAAGGAUAUUCACUCUGUUUCUCCAUAUCACAGGAAGCUGCCUAUAACGUGAAGCUUUUUGGUGCCCUUGUCUGUUUCAACAUAAUCAUAUCAACUUGUAAAUAUGUGUAAAAUAUAUUAACUUCGGAGAACCACCACUCUUUGUAGUGAGAAUCAACCUUCUCAUGAAGAGUGAAGAGGAAAUUUAAAAUAAGCUAAAUGAGCCAACUUCUGUGUUAUCAGAAAUCAUACCAAUGUUUAAAUGAGUUUUAAAGAGGAGAAAGGCUAUCUAGAACAGCAAACUUGGCACCAUAAGAACUUUAAAGCAUUUAUUUUUCUAAUUACUAAUAAAUCUAGGAAGUACCCCAAGUGUAUUGUAGAAAACCUGCAUCCAGUAAAAUGAUUGUGUGUUUUGUACAUGAAAAUAUUUUGUGGGAAAUUCCAAGCUAGCUCCGCUCUGCAGAAGGUGGCAACAAAGCCUUUGCAAUGCCUUGGUGUGCAGACAGAACUUUUAUGCAUCCCUGGUGACAAUGUUACUCUAUUAUUAUUUUGGUUGAAAUCCUUUAUUUAAAUAUGAAAUAUGAGGAAAAUAAAAACACCUUUCUGUCAUA